ACCUCAGCUUCAUCAAUUUCAUAAACGUUAGUCUUUCUUUAUUCUAUUACGUAAAACCCUUCCAAAUAACAUGUUACAUUGCUUAAUUUAAUGUGUGUGUCAGUGUGUAUAUAUGUGCGGCGUAAGAAGAGAAGGAUCUGACCAAUCUACUCUCACUAAAGACACUGUUUCAAGUUUACUUCCAUGGCAAGUCUUACUCUGUUUCUGUCUUUUCUUUCUCUAGCUUUAGUCUCGGCUGUGAAUUGUCGUGUUUUAAGUUCUGUGUCUGAGUAUAACAACUCGGUCUUGGUCUCCGACGGAAUCCAAGACAGAGCCAGCAACGAGUUUCUCAGUCUUGAUCCGCCAAAUCGCAUCUCCAAGAGUGCUUGUGUUCAUGUCUACGGGUUUCUUCCCUGUGCAGAUAAUAUUGGAGGAUAUGUCUUCCAAGUUUUCUCCUUUUGUUGUCUAUUGAUAAUCGGUGAAUACUUUUUGUCUAAAGGAAGGUCUAAGCUCUUUGUCAUCUUCGAGGUCGGUUUCUUUGGUGGAAUCAUCUUCCCUCUCCUUACAAUGUUCCCAAGAAUCGCCCUUAUUCUAUCGACUGGACUGAUAGGAAGCAGCGAUAUCGCAAACUCGAUGGUGGGUAAUAACGUUGCAGUUACCGUGGGAUACUCUGUCUUUGCUUUGACAAUGCAAUGGGGAGCUUGUGUUGUCUUUGGCUUGUCUGGUGUGAGAGAAGAUCACUCCUUAACUUCUGACACAACGAGUCCAAGACGACAAGUUAAGAUGAGCAAUCUACUGAAGAACCUUGCUGGAGCUAGCGUAAAAGCAGAUCCUAAGAACAAGAAAGCGGCAGGGAUUAUGCUCCUAACUUUAUUGCCUUUCGUCUUGGUCACAUUUUCAGAGACAUUUCACUCAAAAUCUUGGGAUGACAAUAUGGUUUUGAUCACACUCAUAUUCUCUGGUUCUGCAACUGUUCUCUACUUUGUUUAUUUGUAUUUUGAUAAAGCGGACCAAGUGAAGAGCCUAGAACACGCGAGGUUUGAGCUCAUGUCAGAAGUUCAUAAGCACUUGCAGAAUUUUUCGCCUCAAAGUCUUAUAAGAAAUGGACAACUAAGUCGAGAGAGCUUGAAAAGUUUGUUCAAAAAAUUCGAUGUCAACAAAGACGGAAAGAUCCAAGUUUCAGAGUUAAAAGAUCUGACGGUGGACUUUGGGGUGUUAGGGAGAGUGAAGUGUGAUAUAAAUGAGCUUGCCACUUCAUUGCUUGCAGAUUUCGACAGUAAUAGAGAUGGUGAGAUAGAUGAGACUGAAUUCACGAUUGGUAUCGAAAAAUGGCUGAAACAGUACAAAUUCGGCUUCGAUAGCACCGAGUCACCAAGAGAGGACAGAGCUGAGGAUGAUGGAGUUUUGAAGGUGGAACAACUAAGGGGAUGUCUUUUUACUAAGUUGCUUACAAAGAGAACCUUGAAAGCUGUCAUAGAAGUCACUAUAGGGAUUACAAUUGUCAGCUUUCUUGCAAUGCCUUUCAUGAUGAAUAUCGAACUUUUGUCGGUAUCAGCUGGAAUUCCUUCCUUCUAUGUUGUCUUUGCAGUGAUCCCUUUGGCAAGAAACCUAAAGAACGCUUUGUCUGCUCACUUCUGUCGCAAGAAAGACAAAGCGAGAAUCACAUCUGACACUUUUUCUGAGAUAUACAGAGAUGUUACAUUGAAUAAUCUGUUGGGGACAACAAUUAUAUUGGCGAUUGUGUACAUUAGAGGAUUGACUUGGGAUUACUCAACAGAAGUUCUCAUUAUUGUGAUCGUUGGUCUCAUAAUAGGUGUACCGGCCUAUGUGAGAUCGACUUAUCCAUUUUGGAUAUGUGUCUUGGCCUUUGCUCUCUACUUCUUCUCUCUUGUCCUGAUCUAUCUUCAUUCCAAGUCUAUAGGCUAG